UGUAGGAAAUAUGCAAGGCGGAGACGAAGAAGACGUAGGUUUUGGGCGCAGAGAAAAAGAAGAAUUAAAAAGGAAAUCAAAGACUGAAAUUAAAGCAAAAAGUUCUAAAAGUAUUUUAUCAGGAGCUUAUGAUGAUGAAGUUUAUUCAAUGCAGAAUUCAGACAAAAUAAUAGGAAAAUGCUUUAUCUUCAAUCAUAUGACAUUUACUUUUGGACCUGAAGAUAGACCCUAUUCCGAACUGGAUGCAAUCGCUUUAAAAGGCUUCUUCAGGAGUCGUGGCUUUGAUGUAACAGUAUAUCCUGAUAAAAGAGCUUCGCAGAUAAAAACCAUACUCGAAAAUGAAACCAAGAGUAAGUAUUGGUACUUUGACAAAUCUUUGAAUAAUGUUUCCUAUUUUCAGCACUCACUCACUUAGUUUCACUCAAAAUUAUUGUGUAAAAAAUUUACAAAUAUUGUUCUAUUUUAAUUUAUCGUCGCCAAAGGUCUUAACCCAGUUAUAGGUUUGAUACAGUAAACGUUUACUUCCAAUAUCUUAUAUUAUUGAAUCAAACUUAGACGAAAGGUGGUGUCAUAAAAUUAUUAUUUUAUAAUAUCUACAGCGUUGAACAGGGAAUAUUCAAAUCCGCAACUUUUGAAGUUUGUAUACAAGAAAGAUUGCAAGGAAA